AUGGAUUUCUCGGAUACUUUUCGCAUCGUCAACCUCGCCGUGGCCGUCUUGAUGAUUCUGGGAGGCAUCUCGCAAUUCUUCCCCAUCACCUUUCAGUCGGCGAUUAUCGGCUCUUAUGUGAUCGUUUUUGGGUUGGCCACCGGCCUGCUUGAAUUCCAGAUUCCGCCCCAAAUUUCGCGCUACGCCUCGUUCCUGUUCUCCUUCCUCGGCCGUGGUAUCUUCUACGUCUUCAUCGGCUGCAUUAUCCUCCAUCAUGACUAUGUGCUUCGAAUCAUCGCCGGCACCAUCGUCGGCCUCAUUGGCGUCAGCUACGUGGCCCUCGAGUUCAUCCCGUCCAUUGAGCCGCCGGCGAACAUGCGGGAGGCAGAUGCUGGCUGGGGCGCUGAGCAAGUCUAA